UGAGUAACAAAAAGUACAAAUCUAAUCCACUCCCCCACUUCUCUUUUUUCCUCUUCACUCUCUUCACAACUAUGAGCGCCGGUCUCCUCUUGCCGCUUCCGGCGAAGCUUUCAACCUUCCCCACUGCACCUUCUUCACUUUCUACACCGACCCUUUUCACCAUUUCGUUCGCUAAGCCAAUUUCCAACAACCCCAUUUUUGUUAAACAAAGUUUGAGCUCAAAAAGACCGGAUUUCAGGGUGUUCGCCGAUGACGGAGAUGCUGACGGCGGAGGUACAGAUGACUAUGACAUGGACGAAGAUGAAGUGGAAGAAGCAGACAACAAGAAGGACUUUGAUGUUGACUAUGAUACCCUCUUAGGUGGUGGUAGUGCUAUGUCUUUAGCUGUUGCUAGGGGUGAUGAUGACAUUGCGAUGGUGAAUAGCAGUAGUUUUGUGUUUACUCAAGGAUGGGAUUCGGAGAAAAUUGUGGAUUAUAGGAUUAAGGAGGAGGAGUUUCAUAAAAUUUGCCUUUUUGAUUGUGAUUUCUUCAUUCGUAAACCUCCUGAUCCUGAUAACGAUGUUUAUGAUUUUCGUGAGAUGUAUGUUACACCUCCAGAUACUGAUAUAUAUGCCAUUCCCAGAGUUCUUGCACCAAUGCCUCAGAAGUAUAUCAGGUGUGCAAUGAGUGAUUAUGGGUGCUACAAUGUGACAGAGCCUCCCAUUGAUGCACCUAGAGAUCCCAUGUAUAAAUCUGAGAGGGAAAUUAUGAAGGUAUUCUUGACAAAGCACUACAGGAAUCGCAGGGCAGGUGAUCCAGAAUUUGCUCUUGAUUUCGAAGAAAUAUACGUUAUUGAUUCCAAAACCAAAUCAAUCACAAGAGCCAAAGUAGUGGUGACAGUUCCUGGAGGAAAAAGCAGGGAUAGGAAGAAUGAUUUACUUGUCAUCCGUGAUAACGGGAACUCAUUCAAAAUUAUACCAUCAGAGGAAAGAGAUGAUUUUACCACUGUGAUAGAGAAAGAAGAGUGGAAGAAGACAAGGCAAGACAUGGAAAGACAUCUUAGUAAGCUAAGGGACUUCAGUGUUUCAAAUUGGUUUUAGUUGGCCAAUUAAUACCAUUGUCGAAUAUUUCUGUGGUAGUUACCUCAGAAUUGCUGGAAGAGGUGGACAGAUUGAAUACCCUAAUAGCUGAAGGAAACAAUCAGGUUAAUCCGAAAUUGUUCAUGGUGCUGAAUGCUGAUAGAGCUUACUGCUUCCAAAUUUCAGAAUCUUAAUCUUACAUCAUCAGUGCCGUCAUGACUUGUGAAAAUGAUCACUGGAUGAAGGUUUAGGAUGAGCUUAGGUAGAAGGUAAUGUAGCAGUAAAAUUCAUAGUAUUUCUAGUACAAGAAAAUGUGCAAACUUGAACCAGUAUUAUGGUAAAGCAAUCGAAACAAUUUUUCUCUCCUAAUUAUGAAAGCUGGAGGCAUUUGGAUUACAGUGCAGUGUAAUUUGCU